CUUCUUAAGGUUUCCAGUAUGUCUGGACGCGGCAAGCAGGGCGGCAAGGCUCGCGCCAAGGCCAAGACCCGCUCCUCCCGGGCCGGCCUGCAGUUCCCCGUGGGCCGCGUGCACCGCCUCCUCCGCAAGGGCAACUACUCAGAACGGGUGGGCGCCGGCGCCCCGGUGUACCUGGCGGCCGUGCUGGAGUACCUGACGGCCGAGAUCCUGGAGCUGGCUGGCAACGCGGCCCGCGACAACAAGAAGACGCGCAUCAUCCCGCGUCACCUGCAGCUGGCCAUCCGCAACGACGAGGAGCUCAACAAGUUGCUGGGCCGCGUGACCAUCGCGCAGGGCGGCGUCCUGCCCAACAUCCAGGCGGUGCUGCUGCCCAAGAAGACCGAGAGCAGCCACAAGGCCAAUUCGCCACCGCCUUUCCCCGUGCAUCAAAUGGAAGGUGCAGUGAGGAGGUCUCUUGAGUGCUCUGACGCCCAUCACCAUGUCCGAAGUGAGAGACGCUGACAGCAUCGGAAGGAGUUGUCACAUUUUACCCACUUCUUUAUUCGUUUCUCCAUGUCCUCCAUUUAGUUUAUUAUAACCUGGAAGACAGGGAAUUAGUCUGUGUUAACCUCAUGGGGCAAAGAACUAAACAAGAGGCGGGAGAUCAGCAUCAUGAGAAGGCCAGGGUAUCUUUGAAAGGUCGGGGUGGAGUAGGUUUGUCUCAGGAGAGGGCACGUGGGAGCACACUGCACG